GAAGCACUUGUGUCUGUUUCAUACAACACCACAGCGGCGAUACAGCACCAUAUACGCAGUAGCCUAUAAGUGAUGAUGUCUGCCCCGUGUAUGUGCUUCUGUCACAAUUUCAUUCCUUGAUACGCAUCAUUCCGAAAAGGACCAACAUCCCCAUCUUACUGAAGACGACUAAAGCUUUUGGUGAUAAUGAAAAAGUAAACAACUCCAUCACACACCUCCAAGACAGAGUCUUUAUCCGACAGUCCACCUUUAAGCCCUCAGAACUACCAGAACGGAACUGCCUCCCGCUACCAGCCCAAAGACAUUCUGCCCCACGCCCUGGUCUGCUUUAUCAAAUGCCCAAAAACAGCAAGGCCGUCAAGAGAGAGCUUGACGACGAUGUCACAGAGUCUGUCAGGGACCUGCUAUCCAAUGAGGACACGUGUGAUGAUACCUUCAAGAAGAGCUCACUGAUUGUGGGUGGCGGCGGAGGUGAUGGGGAAGGAAAGGACCUUAAUGGAGACAUGGACGUGGAGGAUGGAGGCUCGGACGCAGAGGAUGAUGCAGCGAGACCAGCCUGGAACAGCAAGCUGCAAUACAUCCUAGCCCAGGUGGGCUUCUCUGUAGGCCUGGGCAAUGUCUGGAGAUUCCCCUACCUGUGUCAGAAGAAUGGAGGGGGGGCGUACCUGGUUCCCUACCUCAUUCUGCUGAUUGUGAUUGGCAUCCCCCUGUUCUUCCUGGAGCUGUCAGUGGGGCAGCGGAUCCGCAGGGGCAGCAUCGGGGUGUGGAACUACAUCAGUCCUCGCCUGGGGGGCAUCGGUUUUGCCAGCUGUGUGGUGUGUUUCUUUGUGGCCCUCUACUACAACGUGAUUAUAGGGUGGAGUCUCUUCUACUUCUCCCAGUCCUUCCAGCAGCCUCUGCCAUGGCACGAGUGUCCCCUGGUCAAGAACAAAACCACUACGUGUAGGACACACACACCUUCAUCAACCACCACAUGCUCACACCUUCACGACACACAAGACGUAGUGCCUGAGUGUGAGAAGAGCUCGGCCACCACCUACUACUGGUACCGCGAGGCUCUGAACAUCUCUGACUCCAUCUCUGAGAGCGGAGGCCUCAACUGGAGGAUGACCAUCUGUCUGCUGGCCGCCUGGUCCAUGGUCUGCCUCGCCAUGAUCAAGGGCAUCCAGUCCUCUGGGAAGGUGAUGUACUUCAGUUCGUUGUUCCCUUACGUGGUGCUGAUCUGUUUCCUGGUUCGGGCUCUGCUCUUGAAAGGCUCUGUGGACGGCAUCCGACACAUGUUUACCCCCAAGUUGGAGAUCAUGCUGGAGGCCAAGGUGUGGCGUGAGGCGGCCACACAGGUCUUCUUCGCCCUGGGCCUGGGCUUCGGAGGCGUCAUAGCCUUCUCCAGCUACAACAAGCGGGACAACAACUGCCACUUUGACGCAGUGCUGGUCUCCUUCAUCAACUUCUUCACCUCUGUGCUGGCCACCCUGGUGGUGUUUGCCGUGCUCGGCUUCAAGGCCAACAUUAUGAACGGCAAGUGUGUUGCGCUCAACACUAAGAAGAUAGUGGGUUUGCUGGGGAACGAGAUCAGCCGUGAUCUGAUCCCCCACCACAUCAACUUCAGCGCCACUGUGAGCGCUGAGGACUACCAACAGAUGACUGAGAUCAUUAGAGGGGUGACGGAAAAGGAUCUGGGCCUGGGCUCCUGCAGCAUCGAGGAAGAGCUCAACAAGGCAGUGCAGGGUACAGGCCUGGCCUUCAUCGCCUUUACAGAGGCCAUGACCCACUUCCCUGCGUCUCCUUUCUGGUCCGUCAUGUUCUUCCUGAUGCUGGUUAACCUGGGCCUGGGCAGCAUGUUCGGAACCAUCGAAGGCAUCAUCACACCCCUGGUGGACACCUUCAAAGUCCGCAAGGAGUUCCUCACAGUGGGCGUCUGUCUGCUGGCCUUCUUCAUUGGCCUGCUGUUCGUCCAGCGCUCUGGGAACUACUGGGUGGCUAUGUUCGAUGACUACUCUGCCACACUGCCUCUGCUCAUAGUGGUCAUCCUGGAGAAUGUGGCUGUUGCUUGGGUCUAUGGGACUGACAAGUUCUUUGAGGAUCUGAAGGACAUGCUGGGCUUCACUCCGUUCCGGUUCUACUACUACAUGUGGAAGUACGUGACCCCCCUGCUGCUCAUCCUGCUGCUGGGCUCCAGUGUGAUCCAGCUGGGAAUAACCCCACCCAGCUACAGCGCCUGGAUCAAGGACCUGGCCAGUGAGAAAUCCCUGAGCUACCCUCCGUGGGGCCUGGCGGUCUGCAUCUCCCUGGUGGUAAUGGCCAUCAUGCCCGUGCCCGUGGUGUUCUUCCUCCGCUACUUCAACAUCAUCGACGAGAACGCCGGCGUCGUCUCCACCAUCUCAUACAAGAAGGGCUGCAUCAUCCAGGAGAUAGCCAGGCCCGAGGAGGAGGAUGACGCCAGCCUCAUCCAUGCCAAGUCACCCUCGCCCAUGCCCGGCAACAGCAUCUACCGCAAGCAGAACGGAGGGGUUCCCGAUUCCACCCCCAACGGCCGCUAUGGUAUUGGUUACUUGAUGGCCGACAUGCCGGACAUGCCCGAGUCAGACUUAUAGCGUGGUGUUUCUGGUACUCCGCCCUACUGGCUGGCCAACCAAUCCCUCUUUUGCGUGCGUUUAGUCGUGGGAAUCGUCAUCUGCAUAUUUUUACUCUUAUAUUUUACUGUAUAUUCUUUGCACCCCUUCAUGUUGUCCUUUUCCCGUUUUGCUGUAAAAACUAUUAAAAAGGUGUGCACAAUGUAUACUGUACAUACUAUCUCCUUUUGUCUUCCCCACCCAGUCCUUCUUUGGCUCAGUCCCAAAUGGAACCCCUCAGCCCCGUCCUGAAGCUCUUAGUUGACAAGACAGUACAGUAUUGGUGUAAGCAAUAAGGUGGACACUCCACCAAGCCUGCUAUAGUUGCUCAACAAGGGACUUAGGCUAGGGACAAGUGAAGAUCAGGUUUGUGGUUAAUUCCAUAUCAAUUCAGUCAAUUCAGAAAGUAAACUGUGAAAUUAAAAAUGUUCUCAUAGAGUAAGUAAUGUGAAUUUUUCAGUUUACUUCCUGAAUCACCAAAUUGAAAUGGAAUUGACCCCACCCUGUGAGGGAUAGAUUUGGGACUGGGCGUUUUGUCUGUCUCUGGAAGAUGCGAGUUGAGUGUUGUCCCCCCUGGUCCUGCUGUAGAAUGGCUGUGUACAUUGUGACCUCACCUCUGACCCAGAGUUCUGAGAUUAAUAGCAGCGCAGCCUCUUUGCGUGACAUACGUGUUGGCAAUGAUGCAAUACUGACCACAUUUCUUUAGUGUAAGUACAAUAUAGUGCAAAGAGCAAAAGGAUGGCAUUGAAACUGAACCCCCCAACCAAACCCCCCCCAAAAAUGUGCCUAAAUAACUUAUGAUAUUUGUUUAUAGAAUACAUGGUGGACGUUGUAUAUUUAAGGUAUUCUGUAAAUAUAAAUAUUAUAAAUAUUAUAAAUAUAUUUAGCCUAUCUGAAUAGUUUGGAUAUCAGAACAACUUGUUUUUUGGUAAGAAGUGCUUAAAAUCCUUAAAGCUGGUUCCAUUUUUUGUUUACUUAUGUGCUGUCAAUCUAUGUAAAGGUUUGACCCCUCUUGAUAAACUUGUAAAUAUUUUUUUCCUCCAUGAAAUGGCUUCAUAACGCAAUGUAUUUUUUCCCCCUGUUGAGAUUAAAGAUCAAACUUGGUCCAUACCGGGCACCAAUGUC